UGGGUGACCACAUGCGAAUCCUGGCUAUUUUUGUCCUCUAGAGUUAUAAAGCGCAUACAACCACAGGAAGUGAAAAAUAUUGGACUCGUGUUUCCAGAGAAGAGGUGAGCGGGUAGUGUUGGGGUCGGGGUGAGGCAGCAAAAAAAACAAAAACAAGUGCAGUCUUCUUGUCAAGUCUAUAAAGAACCUCACUCAUCUGUCCUGCCUGUCCUGAGCCCAUCUCUCCCAUCUGUCCCAUAUCAUGCCCGUCCCUACUGAACAUCCCGAGAGGAAGGAAAUGCGCAAAUGGUUGCGUAGCGUUGAGAGGCACAUCACAGGGUUGAAGCCAGACCACCGAAUAGCUCCAUCUGAGAUCGAUCAAAUUCAGUUUAUGCCUAUGGUUCUGGAUGAAAACUCCAAGGAUGGACCGGUCUUUUUCGCUCCUUUGGAUGAGUCUUUGCUACCGACCCCUGACGAUAAAUAUGAUGAAGAGUACGAUAUGAAAUAUGAUACCCAUGAUUCAAUCCAAGAAGACUGGAGAGAUCCGAAAACCUGCGCGCAAGCAAUCAACAUUUACUGGUCUACCUAUAUCUCUCACUACUCCCUCGCCAAAAAGCCCCCGGGUGGUGAAGUCGUGUGGUCCCCGGUUGGGAUUCGCAGCCGGGGGUAUAAGGACCUCUACCGCUAUGUGUUUCCGGAGUUUGGCUUCACCGAUGUUGAACAGGGGGAGCUGCUCCCUAUCUUACGCCUGAUGAUAGCCCACCUGAGAAGGGCCCGCUUUAUCGAUCAUAUGGUCGCACCAGUAAGUCUCCCUUGCAUUUUUCUCCCUUUGCUUUCAAUCCAAGUAGACCUGAAGUUUAAUCGCUUGCCGUGUUCGGUGAUGGCCUUUUCUUUCAUGGGGCCCCAGCACGCUCGCGUCAUCGAAGCCUACGUGGAAGGUCAUACCGUCGUGGUGCGCCCGACCAAAUUGUACGAUCUUCGAACCAAAGAUGCCGCAGCAUUCCAAAGUUUUGCUCAGUGGUACUUUGGAAAACCAUGUGCACCGACGGGCCAGUCUCAAUGUAUACGGUCAGGAGUUUUUGUAUUAUGGGCACAGGUUGAGCAGCGAAUGAUGCUUAUUUUCGUGACACUCGAAGCUACGACCUAUUGGAUAUUGACUUUCUUUGGACAAAGCUUAGGAUUCAAGCAUGUCAAUAGCGCGCCAGAAACCUUUGUCACUACGUCUGUCGAAGACUUGUCUACAUGCGCACGAAACCCUUCUUUGGUCAAGGAGGCUGCUAAGGAAGUCGAAGUAGACAACGAGACAUUGGAGUGGGACUGCCAGGAACUACGUGAUUGA